AUGACAAACACAGAUGUAAAUGAGCCUGCAAACGCGAAUGCAAAUGUAGAUGAAAAAGCAAAUGCAAACCAUGUAGAUGCAAAGGUAGAUGUAGAUGUAAACGCAAACUGCAAUGCAAAUGCGGAUGCAAACACAAAUGCACCUGCAGUUGCCAAUCCAAAUGCAAAUAUUAAUGCAGAUGCAAAUGCAAAUGUAAGUGCUAAUGCAAGUGCAAAAACAAAGGCCACAACUAACGUAACUACAAACGCAAAAGCAUACGUGAUUGCAAACGCGGAUGCGAAUGUAAAUGCAAUUGCAAAUGCAAAUGCGUAUGCAAAUGCAAAUGCAGACGCAAAUGCUGAUGUAAAUUCAAGAGCGGAUGCAAAAGUAAUCGUUAAUGCAAAUGCGAACAUAAGAGAAGAUGCAAAUGCAUAUGCAAAUGUAGAUAAAAAUACAAAUGCAAACACGAAUGCAAAGGCAAAUGUCGAUGUAAAUACAAACGCAAGAGCAAAUGAAAAUGCACAUGCAGAUGCAGAUGUAAACGCAAACUGCAGUGCAAAUGCGGGUGGAAAUGCAAACAAAAAUGCAGAUGCAAGUGCAAACACGUAA